CAGGCUUGGGAGUAGCAAAGCGGCGCUGGCACAGCAAGCAGCCUCUGGAGCAGGGGAGGAGCGCAGGCGGGCGGCCGCCCCGGGGCCCCGGAGGAAGAGGAGGGGGAGAAGGAGGAGCCGAAGCGCCCAGAGCAGCAGCCACCGCUCGGCCCGAGUUGCAGCAGAGGCAGCGACGGCGGCGCGGAGACUCUGCAGCCUCCCUGAGCCCGGAGUCCCGGUAGGGACAGCAUCAGGGAGCUCCCGCGCCCCUAGUCACCGCAUCCCGGCCUUGCCAAGCCUCCAUCGUCCAGUCGGGGGCACCGCCAGCCAUGGCUGCACCUCCGGAUCUGCAAGAUGAGCCGCUGCCUUUGGCUAGCCCCGGGUCCCAGUGGUUCGGGGGCCGGGGGGAGGGGGAAGACGAAGCAGCGCCGCCGAAAGGGGCCAGGCCAGCGCGGCAGGAAGGGGAGCCUGCCUGGGGGUCGGAAGCCGGAGCCGGGGUAGUACCGCCUGGGGAACUGUGCUCCGGCCCCGCCCGGUCGCCUCCCGUCGCCAUGGAAACUGCAUCCACAGGUGUGGCAGCUGUUCCUGAUGCCCUGGACCACUCCUCCUCAGCCCUAAAAGAUGGGGAAGGGGCGUGUUACACAUCCCUGAUUUCUGACAUCAGUUAUCCACCUCAGGAGGACCCUGCAUACUUUACAGGAAUUCUUCAGAAGGAAAAUGGUCACAUCACCACUUCAGAGAGCCCUGAGGAACUGGGGACCCCCGGACCCUCCUUACCAGAAGUGCCUGGGAUGGAGUCGCGUGGCUUAUUGAGUUCUGAUUCGGGAAUAGAGAUGACUCCUGCUGAGUCCACCGAAGUGGACAAGACCCUAGCUGACCCCCUGGACCAGAUGAAAGCAGAAGCCUAUAAAUACAUUGACAUAACCAGGCCGCAGGAGACAAAAGGCCAGGAGCAGCCUCACCUGGGGCUAGAAGAUAAAGACUUGGACUUAAAAGACAAGGGCACCGAAAUCUCUGCAAAACCGGAAGGGGUUAGUCCACUUGACCAACCAGUUCCUGUGGAGGGGAAGAUCAUCAAGGACCACUUAUUUGAAGAAUCUACCUUUGCUCCUUACAUAGAUGAUCUCUCUGAUGAGCAGCACAGAGUACCUCUGGUCUCUGCCCCUGUCAAGAUUACCCUGACGGAGAUCGAACCUUCUGGCAUGACUUCCACCCAGGAGACGACCCCUGAGAAGCAAGAACUGUGUCUGAAGCCAAGUCCUGAUACAGUCCCCACUGUCACUGUCUCAGAGCCCGAAGAUGACAGUCCGGGGUCUGUCACUCCUCCGUCUUCUGGAACAGAACCAUCUGCUGCAGAGUCCCAGGGGAAAGGCAGUGUCUCUGAGGAUGAGUUGAUCGCUGCCAUUAAAGAAGCAAAGGGGUUGUCGUACGAGACCACCGAGAGUUCAAGGCCAGUGGGCCAGGUGACCGACAGACCCAAAGCCAAGGCCAGGUCCGGGCUGCCCACCAUCCCCAACCCUCUGGACCACGAGGCCAGCAGUGCAGAGUCUGGAGACUCGGAAAUUGAGCUGGUGUCAGAGGACCCCAUGGCCUCGGAGGAUGCGCUGCCCUCGGGCUAUGCGAGCUUCGGCCACGUGUCGGGCCCGCCCCCCUCUCCGGCCUCGCCAUCCAUCCAGUACAGCAUCCUGCGGGAGGAGCGCGAGGCCGAACUGGACAGCGAGCUCAUCAUCGAGUCCUGCGAUGCCUCCUCGGCCUCAGAGGAGAGCCCCAAACGCGAGCAGGACUCGCCCCCUAUGAAGCCAGGCGCCUUGGAUGCCAUCCGCGAGGAAACCAGCACUCGGGCCGCAGAAGACCGGGCGCCCAGCCUCCAGGGCCCCGCGGAACCCAGCCCGGUGCUCAGCUUCACUCCUGCUGCCCUCCAAUCCCGCCCGGAGCCUUCUUCGGGCGACGGAGCCCCGGCCCCCGAGCCACCCACGUCACAGCAGCCAAAGUCUAAGGAGGAAGUUGAGAGUUCCAGCCAAAGCCCCAUGGCAACCGAGGGUCCCGAGCCGCUUGGUCCCAGCCUCAUGCCUCCUCUGCCCUUCUUCAACAAGGAAAAAGCUAUUGACCUUCUGUACUGGCGGGACAUCAAGCAGACAGGGAUCGUGUUCGGGAGCUUCCUGCUGCUGCUCUUCUCCCUGACCCAGUUCAGCGUUGUGAGCGUCGUCGCCUACCUGGCCCUGGCUGCUCUCUCAGCCACCAUCAGCUUCCGCAUCUACAAGUCUGUUCUACAAGCUGUGCAGAAAACAGAUGAGGGUCACCCUUUCAAGGCCUACCUGGAGCUGGAGAUCACCCUGUCCCAGGAACAGAUCCAGAAGUACACGGACUGCCUGCAGCUGUAUGUGAACAGCACGCUCAAGGAGUUACGGAGGCUUUUCCUCGUCCAGGACCUGGUGGAUUCCUUAAAAUUUGCAGUCCUCAUGUGGCUCCUGACUUAUGUUGGCGCGCUCUUCAAUGGCCUGACCCUGCUGCUUAUGGCUGUGGUUUCGAUGUUUACUCUACCCGUGGUGUAUGUUAAGCACCAGGCACAGAUUGACCAAUAUCUGGGACUUGUGAGGACUCACAUAAACACCGUCGUGGCAAAGAUCCAGGCUAAAAUCCCUGGCGCCAAGAGGCACACCGAGUAGAUGGCUAUCCCAGGAGAAGCUGGACACAAAAGGGGGCGUCUGAAGUGGUAACAGCUCUCUUCUUACUCGUGACUGCAGAUUGAUUGUUUCCCCUUUCCCAGUAUCAUAAUCUUAGCGGCAACCUUUCCGACAGGCGUUUUCAGGCUCUUCCUGUACUCUUAGGAGAUUUGAAUCCCUUAUGUCGAGCACUGAAGUAUAGAGAAAAGUGUGUUAGAUGUGAUUUUUAAUUUUGUGUUGCUAAAAAAGAAAAGUGCAUGAUGUUGCGAGCCCACGUCCUUCCUUCCUUCCUUCCUUGAUGUUCUCUCUGCAAUGCUUCCGUAGCUUCUACCGUCCCCGUGGCUAGGCCUUUCUUGCCAAGUGCGCUGACACAAUAGUGGCAAUCGCUUAUCAUGUCCUUGGGUUGCUGGUUGGAUUCAUCUUUAAUAACACUAUAUAGAACCGUAGGCCAAUGUUUUAGCAUUUUUCCAACACACACAACAUAAAUAAAUAAUAUAAAGCAGUUGACCAUACAUAUGGUAAUCAGUUUUGUAUCACGUAAAAUGAUUAAAUUAAGAAUAAAUCUAAAAUGAACACACAAUACUUUUCUUGUAUGGGAUGGCUGUGCUGUGCUGAUUUACAUGUAUGGUAACUGAAAGGUGCCAGCAUGUCGACUUUAUUACGAUUUGUAUUACUUUCUCUGUAGUUCCUAGUGGACUUCGUCAUGGACUCUGGAUAUUUGCACUUAUGUACUUGAUACUGAAUGCAUCAAUAAAUGUGACUAAAUGUA